AACACGACUACCGCCCAGAGCACCAACGAAGAAGACGUCAACGACUGUCUGGUCGUGUUUGAACCACACUGAUGGAAACGCGCUUCAUUGGAAAGUAGUCGACAUCUGUAGUUCCUGUCAGCUGAGAAGCUCCAUUUUGGAUCCGAGUGGACGUAGCAGGAAGCAGACGGAGGGUCCAACAUGGCGGCUCCAACGUUACAGCAGCCCAGUUUCCUCCUGGCCAAUCUUAAAGCCGACACCUCCACCAAGUCUCUCCUCCAGCGAUGCCAAGAUCUGGUGAAGAUCAUCGACGACUAUCCUGCAAAGGAGCUUCACGGCAUCUACCCCUGGCUGGUGGAGACGGUGUUCGGCAGUCUGGACGGGAUCCUCGCGGGCUGGAACCUGCGACUGCUGCACUCCCGGAGCAACGAGUACAACAUCGUCCUGGAGUUUCUUAAACCCAGUGGGCCGAUGAUGAAGCUCGUGUAUAAACUUCAAGCAGAGGAGUACAAGUACGAAAUACCCGUCAAUUAUCUCCCGGGUCCGGUGAAGGCCUGCAUCCAGGAGGGAGUCCUCCCAGACUGUCCCCUGUUCCACAACAAGCUGCAGUUCCCCCUGUCGGGUCUGCUGACCCUGAACCUCGCUUUCAAUCCGUUUGAAUUCUUCAUGUUCAAUUUCGCCUUCUGUCUCAUCGCGCCAAAGGUGAGAUUAACGUGAUAUUCUGAGUUCAGCG